AUGAAAUAUCAACUUGCAGCUGUAUCCACACCUGCCAGCGAUACUCAGCAAUCUAUAUGCCUCUUCUUCCCAAACGCAAGGUACUUGUUCGGUAUUCCAGAAGCCACAACUAGAAUGUGUAUACAGCGUAAGCAGACUCUUAAAAAGCUAAGAGGUGCUUUCCUCUCACAGGCCACUGACGGUGGUCUCGCUGGUCUCACUAUGUCUUUCGCAGACAGCUCUGGUAGUGGCACUCUUAAUGUCGCUGGUCCUGAAGGUACUCUACACAGAGUAGCUGGAAUGCGCUAUUACAAUAAAAGAGAUCAGCUCAAGGUCAAUGUUUUAGAAAGCUUGAUUGGUGAUAGAUGCGAGGAUGCCCUCUACUCUGAUGAAUUUGUCAAUGUCUACGGCGUAACUACACAUUCAAUCAAAUCUAACGAGUCUUAUUCAAGCUCGUCCCCUUCUCCAUCACGCAGCCAAUCACCUUCACAUUCCAAGCGUAACAACAUGUCUUAUGAGGAGAGCGUCGAAUACAAGAGGAAAAUUGUCGAUGAAAUCUUCCCUGGCUUGCUUCCACCGAAUGGCUUAGAUGGAUCCUCAGAAAUUUCCACACCCAAGAAUGGCGGAGACGCUGUGGAAGAUAUCCCCUCACGAAACGACGCAAAGCUUUCGAGGCGUCUUGCUAGACUCCCAGCACCCAGACAUCCUCGCUCUGAUGCUGCCGCUAGCUACAUUGUCAUGGGUAAGCCGAUGAGAGGCAAGUUCAACAAUGAAGUAGCCGUGCAAUUGCAAGUUCCUGGUCCUCUAAGAUCGAAACUUACAAGGAAAGAGACCGUCACUUUCCAGCUAAGCGAUGGCUCCGAGAGGACUGUCACGCCUGAACAAGUUGUCGCUCCUGAUACUCCACCGACUGUAUUCUUUAUCGUCAAUGUUCCCAACAAGAAGCACAUAACUACUCUCGUACAAUCAUCGGCAUGGGAGAGACACAGACAGACCGACAAGCCACACAUUCUUGUUCAUAAUGUCGGUUGGGGCGUGUUGGAUAGCGAGGAAUAUGUGCAGUGGAUCAAGUCUUGGGGUCCAGAUACCCACCAUCUCGUCUCGUCCCCUGAAUACACCGCGAACAACGUAUCGCUACCAUCUUCAUUCCUUUCCUUGAAAAGGGCCAGUGUUUUAUCGGACGCGUUCAAGGCACCUCUGUACUCGCUAGACGCGCCACGCAGCCUACCUGAGACGCUCACAUCUCAAGUCAAGAUAGAAGUGCUAGACAAGCACCACAAGGCAGAGCUUAAUCCACCAGAGGCGCCCUCUGUGCAGCCGACACUGAUGAGCGGUCUGCCGCCAGGAUUCGACAUACGUCGCGAGACGACCGAGGAUGAGCUGCUGAAGCAAGGUCUCAGCGAGAAGUCGUGGGACAACUACUCCAAGGCUUGCGAAGCUGUCAAGGAGGAGGUAUGUAAACUGACACCACCGGAAAGACAGGCAGGUGAUGAUGUAGUAGUCACCACUCUCGGCACAGGAAGUGCACUGCCGUCCAAAUACCGCAAUGUAUCUGCAACUCUCCUCCAGACGCCGCACGGUAAUAUUCUCCUCGAUGCUGGCGAGGGCACGUGGGGGCAGCUGGCGAGGAUGUUUGGCGAGCGCUCCAGAAACACCCCGCCAAGAGAUGGAGAUGGAGAUGACAGAGAAGAUGCAUGGGAUGUGCUCAAGAAUACUAAAGCUAUCUACCUCAGCCACGUUCACGCUGAUCACCACAUCGGGUUGGCGAAAUUGCUUCAACUGCGAUCCAAAGCUGUUGGACAGGAGAACCCAGUGACUAUCAUCUGCAAUCACCUCAUACGCACUUAUCUCCUUGAGCAGAACGAAUUGGAGUAUCUCGGUAUAGGCAGGAAGGUGAAAUUUGUAGAUGUGGAAGCCUUACUAUAUAACCAAGACGUUGCUGUUGAAAAAGCGGGCUAUCGGAAGCUCCAAGCAGAUGAAGCUGCGCUCAACCUCGCAGCAUUACGCCAAUCGCUUAAUCUCAAAGAUGUAAAGACGGCGCUUGUGAAACACAGGUGUAAAUGCCACGCUGGUAUAAUAGAAAGCAACGAGGGCUGGAAAGUGGUUUACUCGGGCGAUACGAUGCCAUGUGAGAACCUCGUCGAGAGCGGUAAGGACGCCACGCUGUUGAUUCAUGAAGCUACAAUGGAAGAUGGGCUCGAGGAAACUGCUGAAGCUAAAGGACAUUCUACCAUUGGACAGGCUAUACAAAUAGGCAAGGAAAUGAAUGCAAAGAAGGUACUGCUCACACACUUCUCACAACGUUACUCCAAACUCGCUCAGUCUUCCGAGUCACAGAACGGGACAAUGGUCAUUGCGCAUGCUUUCGAUCUGCUUAGUCUGAGAGUAGGCGAUUUGUGGAAAAUGUCUCAUUACAACAGUCCUCUUUCCUUCCUUCUCGCACAGGAAGUCGCAGGUGAGGAGACUGAAGACGUGAUCGAGGAGGAACCUGUGGAAAAGCAAGAAAAACGUAGUAAAAAGUCGAGAAAAGCUCAGAAUAAGGAGAAACGUAAGCCAAAUUCUCUUUUUGACACUGUACAUGAGAGUAACGCGAGCGAUCAGCAACAGUCCAAAAAAGCUAAAGUAUAG